AUGAGCCAACCGUAUCAGUCUGCCGCUCCAUCUAUGAGCUCCUACCCCGGUGAUCAUGGGAUGCAAUAUCACAAUCCCAAUAGUUAUCCGGCCUAUCCUUUGCUACUAGGAUCAGGCCAUGUGCCGGAGAGCCUUGCGUACUGGCAUACUUCAACCCCAAUUCAGCAACCAAAUAUUGCAGCUGGCGUUGGUUUACCCUCGCCGCAACAACAGCAGCAAACGCAACAACCUCCGCUGCAGCAGCAACCGCAAUCGCAAUCGCAACAGCAACAACUCGCUUCAGAACAGCGAAAGCACAAGCGCACACGCAGCGGGUGUCUCACAUGUCGCACCCGUCGAAUAAAGUGCGAUGAAGGUCGGCCAAUAUGCGAGAGGUGUCGAAAAGGAAACCGCGAUUGCGAAUAUGCUCAGCCAAAUACAAAAUCGUCCGGUCGCUCGGCCAAAGCCCGUAGACACCGAGGGAGCGUUUCCUCAGACGAAGAAGCUGGUCUGGAAGUGAUUCCGGACGAAGAUGAAAGCUUUGGUCCCUUCAGCAGCCCGUCAGAGCCAUCGAUAUCCAAAAAGAAAAGCAUGCAGUCAAUGAACAGGCCUCGGCCCAGGCAAACAUCAGAAACAUCCUCUAUGAGCAAAGCCAAGUCACAAUCGCCCGCUUCAGACUGGCAGCAGCUAUCUCAAUCAUCAAGCCCUCUCUCAGAUCUACGAUAUAAGAGCCAUUUCACGCAGCAGCCAGCUCGAGACUUGACCCAGCUUCACGGCUCGCGGGGAUUCAGAGAAGAUAUUCGCUUUUUUCUAAGGUAUCACCAGGAGAGGAUGAGUAACAAUCAUUACUUUCUGAGCCACGAGUGUAACAUGUUCUUUCGCGGCACGCUAUUUGACUUGGCCUUAGACUACAAACCACUCCUAUAUGCGCUUGUCGGUUUCGCUGCAUAUCAUUACAGUCUUGAACGGCCUGACGGAAAGAUGUAUGAGUUUCUCAAAUACUAUGACCGGUCUCUUCAGCUUCUUCGAAAGUCUCUAGCUUCGGGGGAAAUACACACUGAAGCAAUGCUCGCGACUGUUCUUCAACUAUCCACUUUCGAGGAAACUAUCGGUGACUGGGUCAAUCUCGUUGAUCAUCAUCAGGCUGCAGAUGCUCUAGUACAUGAAAUUCUCACCCCUCAAAGCAUUACCCAGAACCAAAUCCAUCGCUUCCUAUUCAUCUGGCACGCCCGAUUCGACCUUGUUGCGGGGCUUAUUGCCAACAGCGAGGCUAUCCUCAGUCGUGAAUGGUACACAGCAAUUGACGAACAUGAUGCCGCUCAAGCAGCCCGAAAUCCAGAUGAUGUUGAGAUCCAGAUAAAAUUAGUCUCAUCCCGAACGCGGCUUUUCGCAAUGGAUUAUGCCUCUUUAUUUGCGCGGCUUGCUCGCGGUCUGGUCGCCUACGACGAAUUCGCGAAACAACUUGAGGAAUUAGGGAAGACUGUCGAUUUCUUGCAUCGUGUAUUAGAAAAAUACGACACUUGCCCCGAAAUCACGAUGCCCGGUCCUGCUGUUCCGCUUCAGGGGCCAGAAGACGUACUUGAUACAAGCAUGCCUUGUCGAUUCUACCGAGAUUCCAUGUGGAGGGUGAACUUUGCUUGGGCUGAUGUGCUUAGUACAGAGCUCAUGUUCAAAUAUCAAUCACAUAUUUGUAUCGGGCAUCCAGAAGGACCCGAGCUUCAGAAGAUCGCGUUACAAAUCUGUCAUCAUGCCGAGAGCAUAGUCAGAUGGCCUGAAGUCGACGUUGGAACUGUCAUCGCUUUCCAUAACUGGCUAAUUCUCACCGCCAUGUUCCUACCAAGAGAUUCGAAGCACAUGAUGUGGAGUCGGAGGAUGAUUGCCCGACUUGAAAUAAACGGAUAUGUAUAUGCUCCCAAAGUCCGAGAGAGCCUUGGAGAGCUCUGGGCCGAUCCGACAGUACAGCAGUGGUGGAUACCAGACGACGAAGGAUGCCCACAUCUGGUAAAAGAAAUCCGGGCUCUGACAGAAGAACGGACGAACAACCCGCGAGAUCAGAUUCGCGAAGAUGUUCGGGACAUGAAGUCCCUCUUCUCGAAGAUGCGUCUUGACGAUGUUGGCAGCCAGGAGAGCAGCCCUAUGAGUGGAACGUUCACUGGAUCAUCACCUGCCCAGUCGUCGACAUCUGGACAGGCACCCCAAUAG